AUGGUUCUUGUGAUGAACCUGACAUCGUUUGCAUGGAGUUGCUACGACGGACAGUUGCGCACAGAAGCUGAGUGCGAUAAGGAACAACGGUAUGAGCGCAUUACGAAGAUGCCUUCGUUCCUGGAGUUCUUUGGGUACUGUUUCUACUUCCCAGGCGUGCUGGUCGGCCCAUCGACGCGUUUCCAUGAAUACCAGCUGUGGGCUUCGGGCAAGCUAUAUGGCCCUCGUAUGGUCCCGCCGCCAGGCCGCAUCGUCGAGUCACUGCGUGAGACGUUCACAGCUGUGCUGGCACUUGUUCUUAUGAUCUGGGGCUCCGGGACAUACAGCUACAUGCGUCUUACAGAUUACUCAGAUGCCGUGCACACAUGGCCGCUAUGGAAGCGGUGGGUCUUUAUUCAAGUAUGUGGUCUUGUGGCACGUUUCCAGUACUAUGGCGUUUGGUCGCUCUCCAAUGCUGGAUGUAUCCUGUCUGGCUUGGCAUACAAUGGCAUCGACCCCGUCACCAGCAAGACCAAGUGGACACGGUGCAAGAACGUGUACGUGGCCAAACUGGAGUUCGCCCACAACUGGAAGGAGUUGCUGGAUGCGUGGAAUUCGAACACCAAUAUCUGGCUCCGCGAAUGUGUGUAUAAGCGCCUCGCAGGCAACAGCAAGCCCAAGUUCGGCAGCUUCAUGGGCACAUUCCUCGCCAGUGCUGCAUGGCAUGGCAUUGCUCCUGGCUAUUACAUUGCUUUCGUGACAGCAGCAUUGUGUCAAUGGGUUGCAAGGUCGUUGCGCAAGUAUGUUCGCCCCAUCUUCUACGCUGAUCCGCGCCGCCCAGAUCCCACGUGGUUCACUAUGGGCCAGUACACGUUAGCACAGAAUGUCUAUGCCACUUUGUCGAAUUUUGUGACGAUCACAUCGGUCAAUUACGCUGUGAUUUCCUUUUUUACGCUCUCGCUACGAAACUCACUUGGCGCAUAUCGUGCGGUGUAUUGGCAUUACCAUAUAUUGGUUCUCUUCGGAAUCGCUGCGUUCCGACUAGGUUUGGGAAAGCCGCUUCGUGCUUGGCACGUGGCUCCAACGCCCCCAAUGAAGAAGGCGCAGUAA